UUUUUUUUUUUUUUUUAAAAAAAAAAUUAAAAAUGCUCGAUCAACCGGGAGAAGGAUAUUUGGGAGAACAGAAUAAUUUUUUAUACAACCCUUCGAAUAAUAACUUAAUUUAUAAUGCUGUAGUUGAUAAGUCAUGGGAAAUUUUUUUAUAUAUUGGGCGUAUACAUAUGUGGGAUGGUUUUGUAUACUUAUUCCUCUUAGUAUGGAAUUCUGAACCCGAUAAUAGUUUACUUGAUAGUGAAUUAUCGUUAAUUGAAGGACAUUUAUUAAAUUUGCAUACUUUCGGAGCAACUAGUAAAGAUAAAGGUGUUGCAACCGAUGAAAUAAUCAAACAAUAUAAGGAAUGUCGAAAUACAAAUAAUGAGGCUUUGCGAAAUGAAGUAAUGGGCAAAGUAUAUUAUCACCUUUCACAUCAAAGUAUUUAUGGACAACCUUUAACGAAUAUUAUUCUUUUGUUAAAUAGCAUGAAUUAUCUGCAAAAACAGGCAUUGCGUCAUGUUUUCAUAUCACGCAUUUAUGGUUAUGCUAAAUUUGCUGAAUAUUUAUCAAAAGUAUGGGUGAAUAAGCCAACUGAUGUAACAAAAGAAAACGAUCAAUUAUUAAUAAAAGAAAAUCAAACUCGGAUAAUAGAAACUGGUCUCAGGCAAUUUUUAAAUUUAAGUAAUCAAAAUGAAAAAUCAUAUGCUGAAUCAGUAAGGAUUGAAAACAACACUAUUAAUAAGCAAGAAGAAACCACAAGAAAAUCUUUAAUCGACGAGAUUUCAGACAAAAAUUCUGAAAUUGUUAAACCGGCUCCCGACUCUACAGAAUUCGUAAAGACAAAAGAAGAAUCUGCCGGUAAAAAAAUGGAAAUUAUGGAUAAUGUUGAAAUUAAAAAGAAAGAAGAACCUGAAUUUGUUAGUGAUGAGAAUUUAACUAAAAAGAAGGAAGUUGAAAAUGAAGCCAUCAAUAAAGACGAUAAAGAAAAUAAUUUUGAAACAAACAAAGACGAUAAAGAUGAUAAUAUUAAAACUAAUAAGGAUGAUAAAGAUGAUAAUAAUGAUGAUGAUAUUGAAACCAAAGACGAUAAAGAAGAUAAUAUUGAAUCCAAUAAAGAUGAUAAGGAUAAAGUAGAAAAUACCUCUAAGGAAAAAAUCAGGAUUGGUAAAAAGUCAAAUAAAAGCUCGCAAAAUAGAAAUAGUUCAUAUAAAUUGGAUUCUAUUAAAGUAGAAAAAUUGCAACAAGAGAUUGAAGCGUUACAAGAAAAUAAAAAAAGUGAAGUAGAUAAAUUGCAACAAGAGAUUGAUGCGUUAAGACAGGAAGCUGCUAAACAUCAAGCAGCGUUAGGUGUAAUUAUGAAUGUUGGGUGGCGUGAUGAUGAUUCUAAUAAUUCUAUGCAGCUUACAAAGGAUAUUGAAAAACUUCAAAAAGAUUUAGCAGAUUUUACUAGAGUUAAACGUGGAGGUAUUAAAAUAAAUAAUGAUGCUGUACGUACACUUUUUCAAAGUCUUAAAUGUAAAACUCUAGUAGAGAAUAAGACGAAUGCAAAAUUAGUUUUAAGUGCAGCUUUACAACGAAAGUUGAUUAAUCAUACUUUAAAUCAUAUGGAUGAUUAUUUUAACCGGACAACUAAUGAUCUUCCAAAUAAAGUCGAUCUUAUAACUGAUGAUAAGUUGGAGGCCGCUAUUUUCUCUAAAACAAAUCAAUUAAUUGAACUUACCGAGCGAUUUACCAAAGUGAAUACCGGAACUGACGCACAUACUAAAAUGUUACCAAUCAAAAUACGUCAACACAUUUACGCAGCAUUAGGUGAACGUGGUUUUGUUGAUUCAAACCAUCCGCUUAUUAAAAAGUUAGUAGACGAGAAUUUAAACGGAAUGAAUAAACAUAGAACUAUAGAUGAUGAAGAAAAAAACAAGAAAAUUAAUUCUGAAGCCGCUAUAAUUAUUAGACAAAUUUUGCAUUAUUUCUAUUUUCGUCUUCAAACACAGGAGCCAAAACCUUCGAUAAAAUUUUAUGAAAGUGGCGAGGAAUUUGAUCACAGUGUUAUGGAAUCAGUAGGUCAAAUUAAAAAUGAUGAAGAAGAAGAUAAUGAGGAAUUAGAGGUGGAAAUUUGUUCAUUCCCCGCUAUAGCUUUAUUAGAAAAUUUAGAUGAAGAAAAGAGAAGAGUAUUUACUAAGGCUCAAGUGAUUGUCAGGCCAAAAAAAAGCGUAUAGAACAGCAAUUUAAUUUGUUAUAUUUUUUGAUUUUUUGUUUUAUUAUAUAAUAUAUGUAUAUUUUCUUAUUACCUUUAUUAAAAGAAAUAUGUUCUUAUUAAAAAACGGAAUAAUUUUCAUUUGA